AUGUUGAACGGGCGCACGGCGCGCUGCGGUGACGCCGUGAAGCAGGGCGACCGCCUCGAGCUGCGCGCGCGCGUCAACGUCACGUCCUACGUGCAAGCGAGAUUCCGUUCCGCGAAGGCGCCGUUCGACCUCGAGGUCGCGUACGAGGACGACUACCUCGCCGUCGUCGUCAAGCCCGCGGGCGUGCCGACGUACUCGCCCGGCGGCGACCACGGCGGCCGGGCGAACCUGCGGUCCUGCCUCCCCUUCGCGCUCAAACCGCCGGCGUCGUGCCGCGCGGGCGACGAGGUGCUGCGCAGGCCGCAGCCCGUGCACCGCCUCGACAAGGCGACGAGCGGCCUCGUGCUCUGCGCGAAGACGAAGCUCGCGGCGGUGGGCGCCGCGCGGGCCUUCGCGACGCGCGCUGUCAAGAAGCGCUACAGCGCGGUUUUGCUCGGCGAGCCCGCGGCGCGCCGCGGCGUCGUCACCGCGCCCGUGCCCGUGAACGUCAAGGGCCUUUCCGUUUUGAAGUCCGCGCGGACGGUCUACGCCGUCGAGGCCGUCGUCGACUCGCUCAAGGCGAGCAAGCUCUGCCUCGUCAAGUGCGCGCCGCGCACCGGGCGGACGCACCAGCUCCGGCGGCACUUCGCGGAGGCGCUGGGCCGGCCCAUCGUCGGCGACGUGCUCUACGACGGCGGCGGGCCCGAGGCCCUCAACUUCCGCCGCAGCGGCCUCUUCUUCUGCGCGCGGUCCCUCGAGCUCGACCACCCCGUCACGGGCGCGCGGCUCCAAGUGCGGACGGGCCUCCCGGGCAAGUUUUCCAGCCUCCUCGAGCGCGAGGCGCGGCGGGCCGCGGCGCUCGGGGACGGGUAA